AUGGCCGGAAAGAAGGCAGCAGGAGAGAACUCCAGGAAGGUUGCAGGCAACGCAAAGAAAGCCGAUGUAGCCGCACAGAAAGCGGCCGUUGAGAACCAAAAGAAGGCAGUCGUAGAAGAUGAAGAGUGGGGUAAAGGAGCAAAGAACAAUGCAAAGAAGGAAGCAGAAGCCGCGAAGAAGGCAGAACAAGCACGGAAGAAAGCCGAGAAGGAUGCAAUCCUAGCAGAGGAAGAGAAGGACGCGCGACCUGGGCCCAAGAACGCGAAACAAGCUGUGAAGAAGACAAAGGGCCUUGAUUUGUCGCAACUCGACGACGAUGCUGGUACUUCUUCCAAGAAGGCGUCAGCUCUCAAUGCCACCGGUAUUGACAACGCGCUUGACGCACUGUCUCUGACGACGGACUCGGCAUCUGCGAAGAUCGAUAAGCACCCUGAAAGACGAUUCAAAGCUGCAUAUGCCGCAUUCGAGGAGAGAAGAUUGAAGGAGAUGGACGAGGAUGGAAGUGGACAGGGUCUGAGACAGAACCAGAAGAAAGACAAGAUCCGGAAGGAGUUCGAGAAGAGCGAGGAUAACCCUUUCAACCAGGUUUCUGCCGCAUAUGACACUACCAAGGAGGAGUUGAGGGACAUUAAGGAGAGGGAGAAGAGCAAGAUAGAGGGCAGAUUGGGCAACUAA